GCGUCCAUUCCAACCUCGCCCCGCCGGGAAAGCGCAGGCGGCGAGCCCCCAACCAGCCUGACCUCGCGAUGCAGAUCCUCCGGCGGAACCUUCUCCAAGCUUCCCGCCGCCUCUCCUUCCUCCUACACUCUCCACCUCCCGCCGCGCACGAGGUCCACGCGCAUGCCCUCGCCACCCUCUCCGCCGCCCGGCGGGACCCGUCCAUCGGCUCCCUCGCCGCCACGCCGUGGGCCGCCACGCAGCGCCGCGGCGCGAAGAUGCUCGGCUCCGACGUGAAACUUGGAAAUGUGAUACAGAGAAGAGGCCGCAUUUAUCAGGUGAUAAAAUCGCAUCAUUCACAUCAAGGAAGAGGAGGAGCCACAAUACAGGUGGAACUGAGGGAUGUUGACACGGGUAACAAAAUAGUUGAAAGAUUUCGUACCGACGAGGCUCUUGAGAGAGUUUUUGUUGAGGAUAAGCCUUUCACUUAUCUGUAUCAGGAAGGAGACAACGUGGCACUUAUGGAGCCUAACACGUUUGAGCAACUCGAGGUUUCUAAGGAACUGUUUGGCAAAAACGCUGCAUAUCUGAAAGAUGAGAUGAAGGUAACUCUACAAUUCUUUGAUGGUCGGGCAUUAUCUGGCUCAGUGCCUCCUCGUGUGACUUGCACUGUUGUUGAAGCGCAGCCUAAUGCAAAAGGCCUAACUGCUACACCUCAAUAUAAAAGGGUCUUGCUGGAUAAUGGCCUUACAGUGCUUGCCCCACCUUUUGUUGAAGUGGGUGAGAACAUCGUUGUUAGUACUGUGGAUGAUUCAUAUAUGACGAGGGCCUAAGGGUGGUGUCAUAUGGUGCUUUGUUCUCCGAAAUUGGGAUUCGACUUGUACUCGACUUCUCUUAGAUAAGUUUGCUAGGCCGUAGACAUAAUUCUGUAUCUGCCUCCACAAAAAAGGCAUCCAGUUUUACCAGGAAUUCAGUAACCAACAACACAUUUUUGUUCUUACAGAUAUGUUAUGGGGAAGCGAUGCACACGCUGACAUGAAAAUGUAUUGCCCUUUUAUAACUUGGUAGUUUUGUGAAGUGAAAUAAUACUGGGUUGUGCUCAAUAUGUGCAAAACGCCAAUCAUAUAUCAAUAAGAAGUUAUAUUGCUGUUCCUUA